GGUUGUCUUCUUCCCUUCUUCGCCGCUUACAUCCAUCCAUCCUCAGGAGUCGGACUCGGGAGUCAGGCCUCAGGUAGACUCUUGCAACUUUCACUCCCCGAGCUUGCCCUCCCCCGCUCCAAGAGCAAAUCAGACGCAGAGGGGAGCCGGGGGGCAGAGCGAGUCAACCAGGCAUGGCGAUGGCUUGCUCGACGAGGAUGCUUGCGUUUCUGCUGCUCGCGCUGGCCUUUACCGCCGCGGUUGCGGAAAGCAGAGAUGCAUACAAGGGGAGCGCAGAUCGAUAUGCGUGCAUAUUGACCCAGGAAAGCUUCCCGCUUGCAAGCAAAGGGGCAGGAUUAACUUCGGCAAACGGAAAGCUGUGUGUAUUGUGUGAGCAAUACUCAACCGAAGCUCUGGUCUACCUGCGACAAAAAGAAACCCAAACUGAGAUUCUCAGUGUCCUCCACCACAGGUGUGCAAGUCUUGGUCCUCUGAGACAGCAGUGCAUGACGCUGGUCGACUACUACAUUCCCGCUUUCUUCUUGGAGAUUUAUGUGCUUAAACCUGAGGAGUUAUGUGAAUCAGCGCACCUCUACCGAAAGGGGGCGGCGGCUCGGUCGUCCACACGAGGGGAGGCCUACGGCCUAUGCCAUCAUGUUCUUGUUAAACUUCUUACCAUGCUUAAAGAUCCCAACACCAAGCUGGAGAUAGUCGGGCUUCUUUUCAAAACAUGCAGCAAGGCGAAGAACUAUGAACCACAGCAUAUCACAGGAUCACCUUGGUCGGAGGCGCGCGCGAAGGAGAGGGAGGGCGGGGUCCGAUUACUCAACCACUUUAUUAUGGGCGAGAUGGAAUAUUGGUGGUGGUGGGCGGCGGCGGCGGGCACCGUGAGCCCGCGACGGCGCCACCAGGAGCAGGAGCUGCCCACGACGCGGACUCGCGCGCGACGUCCCUCUCCUCUCCCUCACCGCACACGACUCCCGAGCGCAGACCCUCGCGAGGCGAGGCCGGAGAAGGCCGGGGCGAGGUGGAUCCGGGUUGGGGUCAACAGAUCCGAGCGGCUCCAGCUCGGAUCUGGCCAGAGACGGGGCGAGGUGGCCGACGGCGGAGCUUUGAGCUCGGGCUCCCAUGGCGGCAGCCUCGCAGCAGGGAAGAGGGAGACCGAGUGAGGGAGAGAGGAAACAUUUUUUCCAGAUCCACAUAGGGACUGCGGGUUUAAUAUCCAGAAAUGGAGGGGUUUUGUGCAAAACUGCCGACGACGUACGACAGAAGCGCUCGGCGCUUUAUUAUUAGGGGAGAUCUCUAAUUUCUUGCAUGAUUAUAUGGACCCGGAUGCUAGAUGUUCAACAUCUAGAAGAAAGAUUUCUGACAACCGAUAAGGAGCCAAGAACAACGGUGGAGCGUGUGCACUCUUAAUUUAUUUAAUUCUGUGAUAAAAGUAA